AUGGCAAGGGCAGCAAGUGCGGGUAAGGGCUGGCCAACGACAUCAAGGGCCACCUGCGGUCGGGCCAGCCGCUGCCAGACAGGACCAGGGCCAGCUGCUGUCGACCAGGGCCAGGGCCAGCCAAGCUCUGCAGCAGCCAGGCAUGGCCAACUGCGGACUCCCGUGGCCGGCCAGGACCAGCCGCUGACUCGCGCGACCGACAAGGGCCAACCUCGGCCUCUUCCGCCCGACCAUGGCCAUGAUCUAGCUCGAGUGUUCGGCCAGGGCAAGGAGCUGCCCCAUGCGUCCGGCCAGGGCCAGCAACUCGCUCCCGAGGCCGGCCAGCGCCAGGCGCGGCCUCCCAGCAGCGGGACAGCACCCGCGGCCAGCCAGCGGCAGCCGCGACCACCCGCGGCCAACCAGCGGCAGCCGCAACCACCUGCGACCGCCCAGCGCGAACUGCCACCGGAGUUGGAAGAGAGGGAGACAAGUUUACCAGGACUAAAAUCGCCCUAA